GCGGAGCGGGGCUGGAGCCGCCGCCGCCGCCGCCGCCGCCGCCUGGGCCGCCGCCUGCAGAGCCUGCCUUGCGCCUGGUGCUGCCGGGACGAUGCGGCCGGGGCCCGGAGGCUGCUGCUGCCGCCGCCCGCUGCGGGCGAACGGCUGUGUGGCGAACGGGGAGGUGCGGAACGGGUAUGUGAGGAGCAGCGCCGCCGCCGCCGCCGCCGCGGGCCAGAUUCAUCAUGUUACACAAAAUGGAGGACUUUACAAGAGACCAUUUAAUGAAGCUUUUGAAGAAACACCAAUGCUGGUCGCUGUGCUUACUUAUGUGGGAUAUGGUGUACUCACUCUCUUUGGAUAUCUUCGAGAUUUCUUAAGGCAUUGGAGAAUUGAAAAGUGUCAUCAUGCAACAGAAAGAAAAGAACAACAGGACUUUGUGUCGUUAUAUCAGGAUUUCGAAAACUUCUAUACAAGGAACCUCUACAUGAGGAUCAGAGACAAUUGGAAUCGACCAAUCUGCAGUGUGCCUGGAGCCAGGGUGGAUAUCAUGGAGAGGCAAUCUCAUGAUUACAACUGGUCGUUCAAGUACACAGGGAAUGUAAUUAAAGGUGUUAUAAACAUGGGUUCCUACAACUAUCUUGGAUUUGCACGGAAUACAGGAGCAUGUCAAGAAGCAGCUGCGAAAGUCUUAGAGGAGUAUGGAGUUGGAGUGUGUAGCACUCGGCAGGAAAUCGGAAACCUGGAUAAGCAUGAAGAGCUAGAGAAGCUUGUUGCAAGUUUCUUGGGAGUAGAAGCUGCUAUGGCAUAUGGCAUGGGAUUUGCAACAAAUUCAAUGAACAUUCCUGCUCUUGUUGGCAAAGGUUGCCUGAUUCUGAGUGAUGAACUGAACCAUGCAUCGCUGGUUCUAGGAGCCAGACUCUCAGGAGCAACCAUUCGAAUCUUCAAACACAACAAUAUGCAAAGCCUAGAGAAGCUGUUGAAAGAUGCCAUUGUUUAUGGUCAGCCUCGGACACGAAGGCCCUGGAAGAAAAUUCUAAUCCUUGUGGAAGGAAUCUAUAGCAUGGAGGGAUCUAUUGUUCGCCUUCCUGAAGUGAUUGCUCUUAAGAAGAAAUACAAAGCAUACUUGUAUCUCGAUGAAGCUCACAGCAUUGGGGCUCUGGGCCCUUCAGGUCGAGGUGUGGUAGAUUACUUUGGCCUGGAUCCUGAGGAUGUGGACGUUAUGAUGGGAACAUUCACAAAGAGCUUUGGUGCUUCUGGAGGAUACAUUGGAGGCAAGAAGGAGCUGAUAGACUAUCUGCGAACACAUUCUCAUAGCGCAGUAUAUGCCACGUCACUGUCCGCACCUGUUGUGGAACAGAUUGUCACCUCGAUGAAGUGUAUCAUGGGGCAGGAUGGCACCACCCUUGGCAAACAGUGUAUACAGCAGUUAGCUGAAAACACCAGGUAUUUCAGGAGACGUCUGAAAGAGAUGGGCUUCAUCAUCUAUGGAAAUGAAGAUUCUCCAGUGGUGCCAUUGAUGCUCUACAUGCCAGCCAAAAUUGGCGCCUUUGGACGGGAGAUGCUGAAGCGGAAUAUCGGUGUAGUUGUGGUGGGAUUUCCUGCUACUCCAAUUAUUGAGUCCAGAGCCAGGUUUUGCCUGUCAGCAGCUCAUACCAAAGAAAUCCUUGAUACUGCUUUAAAGGAGAUAGACGAAGUUGGGGACCUAUUGCAACUGAAGUAUUCCCGUCAUCGGUUGGUGCCUCUACUAGACAGGCCUUUUGAUGAGACUACGUAUGAAGAAACAGAAGACUGAGCCUUUUUGGUGCUCCCUUGGAGGAACUCACCCUCACUCAGUACAGUGUGUGGCCUUUCUGAGCCAGUUCCAGGAACCAUACUUCUGUGGCCAUCUCACAUGAAAGACAUUUCCUCAACUACUGAUGGUGGCCACCUCGCUCUAAAUGGCAUUUUGUAAAUAGUAAAAAAACAAACAAAAAAAAAAAAAACAAAAAACAAAAACUGCUUCACAUUCUUCCUUUGCUACAUUUCACCUUAAAAAAAAAAAAAAAAAAAGAGGUGACCCAGUCUACUUUUUUGUCCAUUAAAAAUGUUUUAUUUUUUAACUCUUCUCCUUGUGAAAUCACACUGACCCUAGCCUGGCCCUGGCUAACCACGUGGGCCAUUACCUUCGCCCUGCCACCUGCAGACUUGGCCCCUCCAAAGCUCCCACUGGCCCCGGCACUGCAGCCUUGAGACUCAUACAGCCCUCCUCCCCAAGGAGCAAGUGCCUUCCACUUACUUCCAAUCCAGAUCUCAGAGGCUACCAACCUUGGAAUCCUUACUAAACCAGUCAACCAAAGUGUUCUCCCUUUCGUUUGAAGUUUAGCUGUUGAAGGAAAACAGUAAAUACUAGCAUUGCUAAAAACUGCCCCUCAUCAUGGAACUUCCCCUGGCCAGGAGCUGACCAAGGUUUGGUCUUGUUCUGGUCACCAGGUGAUUUCUUCCUUCCCCAUCAAAUAUCUAUGAUGAUCACUGUCUGAGGGGAAUGCCCAAUUUCUGAGUUCUCUCCAAGCUUUAAACUAACACUUCCACCUGCCAUUUAAAACACUUAAGUUGUUCAUAAAGCACCCACAUCCCACCUUGGUCAGACCUUCGUGGUGAAGCUGACUCACACCUCACUGCAUGUCCUGUGUCCACAGCUGCUUAGCAGCUGAGCUGCAGUCCUGCAGGGGUGAGAGGGUUGGGGCAGUGUGCAUAGAACUGGCAGGAUGUCCAUGCUUGGUUCUUACUGUUCCCUGCUUUUCAAAAUUAUGACAGCCUCAGCCUGGGUCUGGGUCCAGAUUAGGAUUUAAACUGAUAAAGGAAAAUGUUGGUAAAUCCUCUGCUCAGAAAUCAUUUGCCAUGUUCUAUUUAAGGAUUAAAGAUAUUAACUUACCCUUUUUAGAAGCUGACCUAUUUAAAUAUUAUUCUUCUGAGUGCUAGUUCUCUUUUACUCUUAACAUCCUAAAACGAUUCUAAUCUGGCAUCUGGGGUUUAGGGUUUCUUUUUUCUUUCUUUUUUCUCUCCCCCUGAGAAAUUUUGAAUACCUAUGUCUUUGCCAAACUGGGAUCCUCUAGUUUGACUCUUUUCAUGCCAGGUAAGGGGACUUCUUUCAGAGAGCUUUAUACUGCUUGACCAAAGAACAAAUCUGAAAACCACCAUGUUAAAGCUCUUCUUUUUUUCUGUUGACCAAAGCUUAAAUGAAGAGAACUUUUGACUUUAUUAUACCCAAGAUCAGCUUGUCUUCUAGUAGUUAUCGAGUAAUAUGGGGGAAGGAUCGGGCAAAAAAUGGAACAACACUGUGUGAAAGUAGUUUUGCAUGUCUCUGUUUUUGAGAUCACUCCUUGUAUUGGUAGAAAUUAUCAGUCCAAAUUCUCCUGGGCUUCUUGUCAUCAGCUGUGGUGUUUGUGCAGACACAUGUAGUGGAGGAUGGAAGCAACAGGAUUGUUGGUGAAGUUUUGCUUUCAUGUCUUAAGUCAGCUUUGGUCACUCUCAGCAUCUGAGAGCUUUCAGCCUUUGAAAUAUUCCAAGGUUGUGUUUUGCUUUUUUAAAGAAUAGAAAAGAGUAAAUAAAAGAAGCAAGUAGAAAUUCAGGGACUAUUAUUUAGCAUACACAAGUUGAAGUAAAAAAGAGAUUGUGGUAACUAAGUAGUCCUGUAGAAGAAAUACAUUGCUAACCUUUACAUCUAGUUCCUCACCAUAGAACCUCACUAGAACAUCAGAUAGCUUUCGCAUUGCAGUUAUUUGUCAAAUGGUGUAGAGUUUGCAAAAGUCACAAACUUCAAGCAAUGAACUUACCUGCUACUCUUUUUAUUUUGACUUGCAUGAAGUUGCUGCAAUUUAAAAUGUCAGUAUGGGCAUUUAAAUACAUACAUAUGUGUAUAUAUAUAUAUAUUACUUUGCUGGUGCAAAGUUAUGUCAGAAUAGAUGUUAAGUUACAAAUUUAUUUUGAAGAGACAAAACUGUGAUCCACCCAGGACCUCUGCUUUCUAGAGGACAAAAUGUUAUACAUGCUGGUUGUCUCUUCUUGGAAACUGUAAAUAAAUCUAGAGUCCAGUCAUAUCACAAGUAUCAUUAUUUAACCAAGCACUUGGGGAAAUACAGGUGUACAAAAUUACAGUUAUUGGCAAUGAGUAGACGUAAGUGUUGUUUAGUGCAUGGUUUAACACAGCCUGAUUCACAAAUCCGAUGGGAUGCAAACAGGAGUCAGCUAACGGUUACUACCAAAGGUGAUAAUCAGAGUCAACAGAGAUGUGACUAAUCCUUACCAUUUUUUUCUCAUCCCUCUUUCUAUUUAGCAUUGCCUUUAUCCAUUUCAGGUUUAUAAGACCUUCUUCUGCAGAUCACAUCAGAAACCAGGACGUUUAUACCCAGGAGACAUCAGAAUCACAAAGAAUGGAUCAAGAGGCAUUGGCAGAUUCUCCUCCCACCUUUAUUUUAGAAGUUUUACCCUAGAACAUGGCAUACACUCUACGGCAAGUAAAUAUUGAAAGAGUAUAUUCAGGGAUGGAGUCUUUGGAGCACUUUCACUUUUUGCUUUGCUCUGGAAAAUUUCUUCCCUUUAAAAAUCAUCUUAGUUUCCAGAACCUCUCACCAUACUGCUUGCUUGUUUGAGGAACUUGGCAUCUUAGUCCUAUGGUUACUGUCUUAAACUUUCUUGAUAUGGUGAGCACUUCAGAUGGUCAAAACACGCUUCUUCCUGAAGCAGUCAGAAGGAAUAGAAAUAUCCUAUGACUGCUAAGGGCUGUGUGUUUGCUUAAUGCCCUUUCGGAAGCCCAGGAAUGGAAUAUUGUGCCAAUGCUUUGUCUCUCAUCAUAAUCCCCCCAUCUAAGGGUAUUCGGCCUUUCUUUCUGUAACUUCCAAUUCUUGAUUUUUAGAAUUUCAACUCCAGAGAAAACCUAUAUGGUGGUGCUGUUUGGAGGAUCACUAGAUCAGAUACCCUGUCAUUGGACACUCAGCCUUACAUUUCAGGAGUCAGGAAACUUCUUUCUUCCCUACUUGAGGGAGCCUUUAUCUGAGUUUGUUAUGACUAGUACAGUCUAGCUGAAUUUUGUAGUAUGCUUUGCUUCAUUUCUGUUAGUGAAAACCAGGAGGAAAAAUGGCUCACAUGGAGAGAUUUCCUGGCUCCUCAGGGAAGGGGAAAAAAGAGAGGCCAUCUCCCACUAUCUCCCUGUUUCUCCGCCUACCCUGUUCCCUUUCCUAAUUGAUGAGGCUCUCUGGCCCCUAUUCAUGCUGAAUUGGGAAAUAGCACAGGACUGCUAGUCGUGCCAUAGGCAGUGAAGAAGAAUUUGGGUAAUUCUUGUAAGAAUUUGUAGGGAUGAGGCAAAGCUACCUACAGAUGAUUAAAUACAACUGACUGGCUCUCGGUUCCCUUGUAUAAAGAACUGCUGUGACCUAAUUCCCAGGAUGUUUUUCCUGGUGUUCUAGAUAAGCCAAGAUGGGCUUUAAUCUCGCCUGACUCCAACCCGUGUGGUUAGCAAAGGGGAAAGAGCAUAGUACUUUUCCUUCUGAAUGUCUAUCUUUGUAAAGAUCAGAACUGUUAAGCCUUUCACACAGGUAAACUCAGCAUAGACCAGAGGGGCCAUGAAGAGGAAGUUAGGAAAAUCAAAUGAUUCUUCUUGGCUAUUGAGCUGCUACUUGCUUCAAUGCAGCCUCAGAACCUAAAGAGAUGCUGCUACCUGCUUAACAUGGAAGCUCAGUGCCCAGCAGGCAUCUUAAUCUAUUAAGUCAGUUAAUCAAAAUACCUUCCACAGGGAGAAAAGCAGAUCUUACUCUCUCAGCUUUAUCCACAGGAAAUGUAGUGUUUAGGCUCCUACCCAAUUACCAUGUGCCCAGAUAUCCUAAUUAGAAGGCUGGCUUCCUGCCUUACCAUACAGAAGAAAUGCUAGGACUAGCCAGUGAUCCUUUUGCUUUUAAUUGUAUGGAAAACGUUGCCCCUUUUGUCAUUUCCAGUGACUUCUGUCUUCCAAGCACCUUUUGCUAUAGAUUGAGUCUUUUGGGGGAGAGGGGGUGGCGGUGCAAAGGAGUUAGCUUGUGGAUGGACUUACUGAGUAUAUUCUAGUUCUGUGAGUCUGGAGAUAUUCCCAGCCCACCCUUGGGAGUGGCUGGAUGGGAGAGUUGUGGGCAAUGUCUUGUUAACUACAUAGUACACACAAUGGAUGGCCUUGAACUGUGACUCUUUGUGUAUGAUGAGUUCUAGUAAACUGACCCUAAAGAAUGCAAUGGUUCUUACACUGCGGUUAUGCGUUUUUGAUGAAGCAAUACCCAAAGUUUUGUUCCUUUGGAGUUGUGGGGAAACUGAGUGAAAGGUAAAGAUGAAAUAGCACCCUGAUGUGCUAGGUGAUCUGCCUUGUUGCUAUCUCCAUGGAUAAGUGAUCCCUCCGUGCACCAGGAACCUUGAGUCCAUUCAAAGUCUGCUUUUCCCAACAGUUCCUCAGGUUUCUUGUGUGAAGCUCCAUCACCCCGCGUGGGCCUGCUAACAGAAUAUGGGACAUAUUCCUGACUGAGGUGGAGUCUUCACCUGAUUUGUCUUCACCCUUCACAUUAGGUCAUGUCACCUCAGUGAUGUUAAACCAAUGGUUGGGUUGAUAAAAAGCAUCCUUGGUGGUUCUUUACAGGAUCCUUGGUGAAAUCACUGUGUCAGUUCAACCAGCAUCAGCCAGCAUGCCCACACAGUCUUGAUGAUCCCUCUCUGUAUAAUGGUAGCAAAUGUUAAGAGAAGGGGGAAAGAUAAUAAGUAUAGAGAAAUUGUGUAUGGGGAGCUGAGAUCUUAUUUUGUUGGCCUUUAUUUUUACAUUGACCAAUUUGCCUGUAAACUGGACUUUGCAAGAGGUGCAAUGAUAAUCCCUCUCCAUUGCUGUGAUGCUAAUAACCUGAGAAAGUGAGAGGGGGAAAUGUAAAUUUAAAAAUCUUAAAUUUUAGUCAUGUGUUAAAAUGUCAUCUUCUCUCUUUCUCCCUUACCCUCGCUUUCCUUCUUUGCCAGAUGAUUUAUUUUUUUUUACCUUGUUGGAUGACUGUGAAUCUAUAAAUAAUGGGAUGGGCUAGGUGUAUCAGUUUGUGACCACAUGUUAAGAACUGAAGGGGAACUUCUCGAGAUGACUUAAGAAUCAUCCCAUGCAAAUAUAUUGUUUUGCCCCAAAUAAACUAUUCAGAAAGCUAA